AUGGAUGAGAAGAAGGACAAGUACGAGCAGCUGCUCGCCAAGGUGGAUUGGCACGCUCCACACCCGCCGAAGGGCUAUCAAUACGGUGUCGGUCGUGGUGCGAAGGGCUUUAUCACAACAGCCGAGCUCACCACCGGUGCUAACACAACGCCAAAGAUGACGCGAGACGAGAACGACUUCUUUGCCGCAAUGGAGCGACUGGAGGAACGCACACGGAGACCCAAGCGCGAGGACGACGGGGCAGCAGUGAAUCAGGCUGGUGAGCGCCACCCCAGUGGAGUGUCGAGCAGCAAUGCAGACCGCGGCGCUCCCGUGAAGGUGAAGCUCUCGCUGGAGGACCUUGCCACGCUGGAGACUGUGCCCUCGCCCACUGCGGGAAAGUCGAUCACCGCUGCCGACUCGCCGAGCGCCUGCGCAGCGCCUGCCCCCUCCGGGUCCUUGGCAACGCCGAACUCGUCACUGCCUGCGCCUGCCUCAGGCCUCUCAGCCCCGCUAGUGGUGCGCAGCGCUCGGACGGAGGAGGGCGAAGCUGCCGAGGAGCACGUCUUUGCUGAGGAGCGUGUUCUGACAGCCUACGACGUCCUGAAGGGCAAGGCAUCUGCUGUACAGACCGGCCUGCACAACGUGCUCGCGAUGGGGUCGGCCGAGGAGCAGACGACCUGGAUCACCCACGCGCGUGCCUACCGUGAGAUGGGAAUGACGCGUCGCGCGUAUCAAACGCUCGUGGAUGGGUGCGCUGUGACUGGCAGGAAGGGCAAGCGCAUCUGGGAGGAGCGGCUGCGCUACCUCGCCAAGGACAAUUACACCGGACGUCGUCGCCUGCUUGAGGAGGCCACGUCAGCGUGCCCGACGGAGGAAGAGCUCUGGACACAGCUGCUAGACUGCAUGCCACCGCUCGAGAGGGUGCCGUGCCUUCAGCGAGCUGUGCUGGCGUGUCCGUCGAGCGAGCACCUGUGGCUGCGCCUGGUCCAGUACGUGCCCUCCUCGCAGGACCAGCGCGCGUUGCUACAGAAGGCGCUGCAGUACACCCCUACGCUGCCGCUGCUGUGGGCACGCCUGGCGCGGCUGGAGACGUAUCAGACAGGCAAAGAAAUGUUCCAGGCGGCGGCGGCGCGUUAUCCCUCUCUGGCGCUCAUCAUUGAGGCCGCCAAGUACGUGGAGUGGCACGUGCUCGCACACUACUGGGCCUGUCGAUUUUUGCCCCCGAGCACGACCUCACAGCUCGCGGAGGAUCGUGGAAGUGAAGUAUCAGAAGCCGAGGAAGGCGAUGCGGGCAGAGCGGCGUCCAUGGGGGCGAUGUACGCCGCCGUGCAAAGGGCAGACACGGAGGUCCGUGACCUGGUGCGCACCGCCCAGCGUAACUACCUCGACCUGAGCGAGGCGGGGUCGCGACACGCCUGGCUCUCACUCGCGCUCUCACUGCUUCACAAAGACAGCGUGAAGGGCCACGGCGGGACUGAAGUGCCGAAUAGAAAUGGAGAAGCGGCGGAGACCUCUCGCGCGGCGACCGCAGCGCCAAGCGUGUACGUGUGCACGGCUGCGCACAUGUUUCUCUGCAUCGUGGAUCCUAAUGACAAGAAGGGUGCGGCGUAUACCAUUCCUGCCACGUGGCUCGAGGACCUUGUGGCGCUUCUCCCUGCCGACGCGGCGAGUCGACACAGUGUGCAGUGCGUGCUCUGGUACUCGUGGCUGCGGCUACAGCAGCAGCAGCUUGAGUCGAUGAACACCAGCAAUCAGCACUCGGAGACGUUGGCGGUCGUGGGCAGCAGCGCCACGGCGGCGGUCGCUAGAUCUACUGCUACCAUGUCGCCUCGCGACAUUCUGCCUGUGCUCGCAUCCGCAGUACUGUCGGCUUCGACCGCUGUUUUGCACGACGACCUACCGGCACUGUUGCGCUGCGGCAGGGCGGACUCAGCGAGAACGGAAGAGGGUGCUGCGGUGCCAUCAACAGCGCGUCAACCGGCAGUAGCACGUACAGCUCUCGAUGCCCGCAGCGCGGAGCAGAGGGUGGUGGAAGAGGAAGAGGAGGAGCUUGGGAAGCCGUCUGUGGCGCCAGCCGCCGCUUCGACGACGCCCGCGCCUGUGAAAGCGAAGGCCGCAGACGCCGAAUCUGAGCUUCCGCUUCCUCCUCCCUUGGUAGUAGCGCUGGCCUCUCUGCUUGGCAGCACCACGCAUGUCGCCGCCUCAGCGGCAGGCUUACUCGCUGGCGCUUCGCUCGGUCCCCAGGGGCCGAAAGCUGAGCUCAAUGCAGCAUCCAGCGUCCCCACCGACGCGCGGGCAAGGUCGCAGCUCAGCCUGGCAUUGGAGCUUCUUCUUGUGGAGGUGCCACUGGCUGUGUCCGACGCCCUGUACCGCCGCGGCUGCUUUGCGGCAGCCCUCUCUUUCAUUGAUUGGCUUUUGCACACCAUCAACUCUAGCACGACGGGGCAGGCCGCUGGCGCCCUGCGCCUGUACGUGGCACGCUCGAAAAUGCUGGCCGCCGUCGGCGACACAACGGCGGCGGAUGCCUGCUUGGCUAGCGCGAUUGAUGCAGCCAAGGGUGCCGCGGCAACCGUGCAGCAGCAGCAGCGUGAGGAAGAGGUGUGGGUGAAGCUUGCCGUGUUGCGCCGCAGUCAAGGACAGCCGAUUGAUGCGCUGCUGGUGGACGCGCUGCAACGAUUCCCGCGCUCGUCGCGGCUGUGGCUCAUGCGGCUCGAGGAGAAGCGGCGCGCAAUACAGCAGCGACAGGACGUGCUGGCGCCGACCUCGACUGGGGUGCCCGUGAUUGACCUGCUGCGGCAAGACGAGCCUCUUGCCAGUGACGUUCGGGAGCUUCGCGUGCUGUGCAAGAAGGCGCUCGCUCCCGAUCACUGCCGGGCUGUGGCGGCAGUGUGGGUCUUUGUGGCUGCCCGUGUGGAGGCGGAGCUGUUGCAGAACGUAGCGGCGGCGCGGGCGUUGCUGACUGAUGCGCUGGCGGCGUGUGCGGCGGAUCUGCAGAGUACGCGAUCGCACGUCUUGGCGCGGGGUGUGUCGGCUCAGGAACUCGAGAGACAGGCCAGCGCCGUUGCCCGCAUCGGGGUAACGCAGGUCAUGCUGGAUGCGCAGUACGGCACGCCAGGGCAGGCGCUGGAGAUGGUGCAGGAGGUGCUGCAGAAGCUGCCCAAGACGCGCGAGGGGACCUUUGCCAUGGCGCAGGAUGAUGCCGUUGGUGAGUUGCAGGGACUCUUUAUUUCACUGGAGCCGCCCGCGUCCCGUGGUCGAGCCGCCGCGCAGGUGAUGCGUCAGUGGAAGUCACGCGAGCCACUCGCCUUGUGCGCGGUGGCGCAACUGUACUACGCCGCCGGACAGUACGCUCGAGCACUGGACCAAGCGAAGAAGGCGGUGCAGCUGAGCAAGGGUCGCUGCGGCGAUGCGGUAGGACUGCUGUGGCGGAUGGCGGAGUCGCCGGCGAUGCAGCCCCUUGUGCGCGAGGCAAUGUCGGGAAAGACGGGAGAGGACUCGGACCGGAGCGGUGAGGGCGAAAAACGUGUCGAUACUCUUUCGGACGCCGCUUCUGUCGGUCAGAUCACUGCGGAGGCCAUUCAGCAGUGGGUGUUUUCCGUCAUGAUCUUCAGCGCCGACGCCAGUGUAGGCAGCGGCUCUAUCAGCGGUGCGAGCUGCGCGCUGGCAACCGAAGAUGACGCGCCGGCGGCGUCGACUGGUAGCCCGGCUACGCCCCUCAUCGUUGUUCCCAAUAGCGGUCCUCUCUGGAUCACGGUCGCCAAGGCAGAGGACCCUAGCAACGUGACGCUCCUCGGAUAUCGUCGGUCAGUGGCCGAGAUGCUUCGCGACGUUGCCAAUCGCAUCCUUCUCAAGGGCCCAGAGUCGGCGAGCGUCGCGACACGCACAUAG